AGAGAAGGUGCACCUCUCGCAGCAGCAGGACGACUGCCACGGUAGUUGGGGACAUCUGAACAAGUCUUGGUCCCAGUCCACUGGGACCCUGCACAGGUAAAGAACUAAGGAGGAAGGAACCCAGUCCAGUUCGUUGAAGCAACAAAAGCUAUCAAGAGAGCGAGACAGAAAGAAGUUGUAUUUUUAACAGGGAAAGGAAAUCACAUAGAGAGCUGGAAAGAUCUCAUUUCCUCAGGGAACGGUCACUCCAGAAGGGUGAAGGAUGCUGCACAGGGCCAUCUUCCUCCUGUUCCUCCAUUUAGUCAUGUGCUCCAUCUCUUCUCCUCUCUAUCCAGCUCUCAGGUACAAUCCACUGCCCAUCUCUAGCAAGGCAGUGAGCAUUCAGCUACAGGACGGCAGUCCUGUGCAGAGCAACAAUCUCUCUGUGGAGGAGCAGCAGCAAGAGGAGGAGGGUUUUCUAGCCAACCCCGCUGAAAAGAGGAUGCAGCGCCAUGCUGAUGCCAUAUUCACUGACCACUACCGGAAGGUCCUGGGGCAGAUCUCUGCCCGGAAGAUCUUACAAACCAUUAUAGGCAAACGGCUGGGCGAACGCAGCCCAGGAGAAGGGGAGCAUGAAUUUUUGACCAGACGUCAGUCUGAGAGCAUCUUGAUGGACAGCCGCUACCACCAGCAGAUGGUAUUAAGGAAUUUCUUGGGAGCCAUAUUGCAGAAUCAAAGGCCUCAGGAUGUCAACAGUGAGCAUGUAGAGGACUUUACCAACACCCUGGCCAAGCUCAUGAAACUGUAAAUCUCUCUCCUUUCUCCCCACUGUGCUCUGGAGUCAUUCACAGAUCAUGGACCCGGCUGUAAACAACCCACAGCAGCAAAGAGAAGAUCCUGGACACGAACAGCUGUAAUUCAUGCAUAUCCUUCUUGGAACCUAGAGACAUUUCCUAAAGGAAUAAGAUUGU